AACACACACACACACUGGGUGACGGAGGGGUGAAGGUCCGUACAAUAUAUAAGCAACGCGAGGUGGCCGAGAAACAUUAGGAGCGGAGAUCUCAGACAAGCUACCUUACCAGUCUCUAUAAACAUGAGUCUUCGAGUGCUGGUUCUGGUGGCGUGUGUGGCGGUGGCAUUGGCUCAUACCUUACCACCACCGCCACCACCAUCGUCCGACUGUACGGCUUUCUGUGUCAACCCAGACCCGUUCCCCGGUGCUCCUGACUAUAUCUGCUGUGAUCCUCAUCUUGGUAGAUGCCCACUUAAACGCCUAAUUUGUCCGUUCGCCGAUGUUCUAGUCCCGUCGGAGUGCAGCAAGGAUUACGAGUGUGAGAUCAACGAGAAAUGUUGCGAGGACGCUUGUCUGAGUGGCAAGGUGUGCAAGGCAGCCCAAUUUUGAUCCAAGAAGGACGGUAAACACUCGCUAAACUUUGAAGAAGGAAGCUAAGACUAAUGAGAAGCGAGGAAUAACGAGAAGAAGCGAGGAAUAGAGAAAACGAGGAAUAACGUGAAAGGGCGAGGAAUGAUGAAAAAAGACGAAGAAAAACGAGAAGAAUCGAAGAAUAAUGAAAAAAAACGAAGAGUAGCGAAGCACGUUGCCAUUGACUGACCGAAGAAAGAAAUGAUACAGUAAUCAUUUACCAUAUAAUUGUUGACCUUUUACACGUUUAUUUGUCUUUGUUGGCUUUUUAGGUUAAUAUUCUAUCUCGUUUAUUCCAUCAUCCUACAAAUGCCUCUUAACGAAAUAAAGAAAUAGAACCAAA